CGUUGGUGCGUUUCGUGCGUUUGAAAGGGAAAAACGCUUACUUUGGGAAAAUUUUCUCUUCUUUUUUAGUGUAAAAUCGUAUGUAAAUGUUUUAUUAAAUUUGUAAUUUUUGUUCUAGUUUGUGAAUUGGAGAAUAAUUGUCAAGAUGUUCUAUCAUAUACCGAUGGAUCAUGAUAUUUUGUUACAUCCUCGAUAUUUUGGACCACAUUUACUCGAUACUGUUAAACAGAAACUUUACACGGAAGUCGAAGGGACUUGUAAUGGAAAAUAUGGUUUUGUGAUAGCUGUAACAUCAAUCGAUAAUAUAGGUGCUGGUAUCAUUCAGCCAGGUCAAGGUUUCGUUCUCUAUCCUGUAAAAUACAAAGCUAUUGUUUUCCGACCAUUUAAAGGUCAAGUUCUCGAUGGAAUUGUUGUCCAAGUCAAUAAGGUCGGAUUAUUUGCUGAAAUUGGCCCCUUGACGUGUUUUAUUUCCCAUCACUCAAUUCCGUCGGAAAUGCAAUUUUGUCCAAACAUCAAUCCACCUUGUUACAAGUCGAAAGAAGAAGACGUUGUUAUACAAGCUGACGAUGAAAUAAGAAUAAAAAUUGUCGGAACGAGAGUGGAUGCCAAUGGAAUUUUCGCCAUUGGAACACUUAUGGACGACUAUUUAGGUUUAACCUGCAAUUAAGAGAGAAAAUUCUACACACUUCAUGAAUUCCAUUGAGUGGAGAGUGAAAUUUUAUACUAUUUAUAUUUUUUAUUAAUAAUAACUUUAUUUUAAAAAAUA